AUGGAUGAUGCCAGAGUAAAGGGAUCUAAGAAGAAAUGUUCAGAAUAUCAUGAGGUCUAUUCUGAAAUUGCUGCAGUCACAUCAACAGCAGAUAUUGACAGUUCAUAUAAAACAUUUUCAGAACUGUCCACCAUGGAAGGGAACUCAUUAUUGUCAUCAAACAGGCAUGUAUCUCCUCAUUAUCCAACACCAACACGACGGAGACAUCGCACCACAUUCAGUCAAGAACAACUUGAACAUUUGGAAGCAGCAUUCGUCAAGAAUCAUUACCCAGAUAUCUAUUGUCGAGAGGAACUAGCCAAGAUUACAAAGUUAAAUGAAGCAAGAAUACAGGUGUGGUUUCAAAACAGAAGAGCAAAGCACCGUAAACAUGAAAGGACAAUUCAGAAAUCAUCAACACCAAGUGGAAUGUUAGCAUGCAGUGGUCUUAUGCCUGGUGUCUGUUCUAUGACCUCCCCUUCUCGUCAGUAUCAAUAUUCCCAUGCGCUCAAUCACAUUCCCCGUUUUACUUCCAUGGCUUCAGCAAGCUAUCACACACCCACUGCUGUCGGUCAGUUCACCUGCACUAGCAGUCACCCACAUUUGCAAUCAGGUCCUCCACCUCCUCGACAGCAUGAUGACUGGUACAAUUCUCUUAGGUCUAUUAAUACUCCAAGCACUGCAUUAUCUUCUUCCAUGAUUACUUUGACACCUAUGACAGCAUUAGACCCAUCUACUCAUUGGAAUUAA